AUGGUUGAAUACGCUCUUUCACAAGGCGUCGGCUAUGGUGUCGUUGUCGGAGUCGGUCUUGCCUUCUCCCUUGGUAUGAUUGCCACCACCUGGAUCUUGAGACGCUACCAACGCGAAAUUAUUACUGCCGAGGAAUUCGCAACUGCUGGUAGAUCCGUCAAGACUGGUCUUAUCGCUUCUGCGGUCGUUUCGUCCUGGACCUGGGCUGCAACUCUGCUGCAAUCCACUUCUCAAGUGUACAAGAAUGGAAUUGGGGGAGCUUUCUACUACGCCGCAGGUGCCACCUGUCAAAUUGUUUUAUUUGCUUUCUUGGCCGUCACCACCAAGAGUAAAGCCCCUGGUGCCCACACCUAUCUCGAACUUAUCAAGGCCAGAUAUGGAACAGCUGCCCACUUUGUCUACAUCUUUUUUGGUAUCAGCACCAACAUCCUGGUCACCGCCAUGUUGCUGACUGGAGGUUCUGCCGUGAUUACUGACAUUACCGGAAUGAACAGUGUUGCUGCGUGUUUCCUGUUGCCUGUCGGAGUUGUCAUCUACACUUUGUUUGGUGGUUUGAAGGCGACCUUCCUGACGGACUACGCCCACACGAUUGCCCUGGUGAUCAUUAUUCUGACGUUCGCGUUCACUGCCUUUGCAUCCAGUGACACUCUCGGAUCUCCUGGUAAGGUGUGGGAGCUCGUUACUGCCAGGGCUUUGGUCACUCCAAUUGAGGGAAAUGCUGAGGGAUCCUAUCUCACCAUGAAGACCAGAUCUGGAGGAAUUUUCUUCGUCAUCAACAUUGUGGGUAACUUCGGAACCGUGUUCUUGGACAACGGUUACUGGAACAAGGCAAUUGCCUCUUCUCCAGCUGCUGCUUUGCCCGGUUAUGUCCUGGGAGGUUUGGCCUGGAUGGCCAUUCCAUGGCUGACUGCCACCACCAUGGGUCUUGCUGCUGUUGCUCUUGAGGACCACCCCAGUUUCCCAACCUACCCAAACAGACUCACUUCCGACCAAGUCUCUUCUGGGCUCGUUCUUCCAAAUGCUGCCGUCGCUUUGAUGGGCAAAGGUGGUGCUGGUGCCUCUCUGGUGAUCGUGUUCUUUGCCGUGACUUCUGCCAUGUCUGCUGAGCUCAUUGCCGUUUCUUCCAUUUUCACCUACGAUAUCUACAAGGGCUACAUCAACCCAAAUGCCAAGGGAAAGACCUUGAUCCUCACUUCGCACGCCUCUGUCAUUGCUUUUGGUCUCGCCAUGUCAGGUUUUGCCACUGGUUUGCACUAUGCAGGUGUCUCCAUGGGUUAUCUUUACGAGUUAAUGGGAGUCAUCAUCUCUUCUGCCGUCUUGCCAUGUGCCCUGACUGUUCUCUCAGUUAAGCAGAACAAACAGGCUGCUAUCUGGUCUCCAAUUCUUGGCUGUGUCUGUGCCAUUGCCUCUUGGUUGGGUUCCACCAAGUCUUUGACUGGUGCUGUUACCUACGAGAACACCUUCGUCGAUGACCCAAUGCUUAUCGGUAACGUGGUUGCCCUGUUGUCACCACUGAUUUUCGUUCCAGUCUUGACUUAUGCUUUUGGACCUCAAAACUUUGACUGGGAAGUCUUCAAGACCAUCCGCAGAGUUGACGAGACCGAGGAGAUCUUGGAGGCCGAGGGAGUCCAAUCCAUUGACGAAGAGACCGGUGCUCUCAAGCCCGUUCUUUCUGUUGCCCAGUCGUACGCCCAUGAUAUCGCUGAACAGCGUCGUUUGAUCCAGGAAGAGGAAGAGGCUGCUUCGUUGAAAAUUGCAGCCAAGAGGGCAGGUUACAUCUGUAUCUUCUUGACCCUGGCUAUGAUCGUCGUUUGGCCAAUGCCCAUGUACGGCUCUGGUUACGUCUUCAGCAAGAAGUUCUUCACUGGUUGGAUUGUUGUUGCCAUCAUUUGGAUGUUCUACACAUUGUUUAUGGUUGUUAUUUACCCUGUUUAUGAAGGUAGACACGGAAUCUUCACCUCUUUGCGUGGUAUCUACUGGGAUUGCACCGGCCAGACUCACAAGCUCAGAGCAUGGCAAAACGACCAUCCUGAGGAGCUUCAUGUCGUCCAAUCCCAGAUUAGUGCUGAGCUCCACCAGGGCCAAGCUAUCAACCAGCUUUUGGAGGUUGAAGAGAAGAACUAA